GAAAAGCUGAGAAGAUAGUAGUGAAGUACACUGUACAAAGUACACACCUCUGUUGUUCUUCCCUUUUCCCUUUUAUACGAGGAAAGCCAUUUCACCUCUCGCUUUGACAUGUUAAGUUGAGUGAGUUCGUCUCUUAAUUCAGCAGAGUAUUGUAAGUGAGAAGUUCUAUAUGGCUAACGACGAAGAUUCAAGUUCAAGGAACUCAGGUUUCUCUCAUGCUAAGCUCAAUGAGAGAAUUCUUUCUUCGCUCUCACGGAGAACUGUUGCUGCCCAUCCCUGGCAUGACUUGGAGAUUGGCCCAGGAGCUCCGGUAGUUUUCAACUGUGUGGUUGAAAUUGGCAAAGGUAGCAAGGUUAAGUAUGAGCUGGACAAGGCAAGUGGACUUAUAAAGGUUGAUCGUGUUCUUUACUCGUCAGUUGUAUACCCACACAACUAUGGUUUUAUCCCAAGGACCAUUUGUGAAGACAGCGAUCCAAUGGACGUUCUGAUUCUGAUGCAGGAGCCUGUGCUACCUGGUUCCUUCCUGCGCGCUCGUGCCAUUGGAUUGAUGCCCAUGAUUGACCAGGGCGAAAAGGAUGACAAGAUUAUAGCAGUUUGUGCAGAUGACCCAGAGUUUCGCCAUUUUACAGACAUCAAGCAACUCGCUCCACAUAGGCUGGCUGAAAUCAGAAGAUUCUUUGAGGACUACAAGAAGAAUGAGAACAAAAAAGUUGAUGUUGAAGACUUUCUCCCAGCUGAAAAUGCCAUUGACGCCAUCAAGUACUCCAUGGAUCUUUAUGCUGCUUACAUUGUUGAGAGCUUAAGACAGUGACUUUCUUGGGAAACUGACCGGCUGAUUACAAUGAUAUCUGAAAUACAUUCUAGUAUCUACUAUGCAAAAUGCGAAUGAGGGUCCUCAAACAUUCUGAUCUCUCUGUAAUUUUUGUUGUCGCAUUUGUGCUGCUCUUACGCCACUAGUGCAACUUUCCAUGUCUAAAAUCUAAUUUUUCUGAUAUUAUAUGGUUGCGGUUAUACUGCUACCAAAUAAUGAGCUCAUGGGUCAUGUCCCUUAUUAUAGCCCUGUAUUCUGCUGUCGUGGAUAUUGUUGUUUUCACCACGCAUCACGCGCUCAUGCGAAGUUGCCAAUGAAUGAAUCUACGUCUUGGCUA